AUGGACGUGCCUGGUUUCGCGCUGAUCACGGGAGGAGGAUCGGGCAUCGGCAGGGCGUGCGCAAAGACAUUUGCGCGCGACGGCGCCGCGGGCGUGGCAUUGCUGGACUUGAACCACGACGGGCUCCUCGCCGUCAAGGCGGAGAUUGAGGAACAGCAGCGGAAUCUCGCCAAGGACAACAGCUGCAGGGUGGAAGUGUUCGUGGUGGACGUGCGGAACGAGGACCAAGUCAACACGACGGUGGCCGAGGUGGCGCGCACGUUCGGCCGGCUCGACUACGUGGUCAACGCGGCUGGUGUCGCGAAGAAGCACGAGGGCGGCGCGGCCUUCGCGGCGACGGACGACUGGCAGCGCGUGCUCGACGUCAAUCUGACCGGCACCUUCUUCGUGCUGCGAGCUUCGGCGCGCAUCAUGCUGAACCAGCCACGACUUCUCUCGUCGAUCGACGGCCGCGAGCUCUCGCGCGGCGUCAUCGUCAACUUCGGCUCCAUCUUGGGCGCCGUCGGCGUGUCCAUGUCGACGGCGUACACGGCCUCGAAGCACGGCGUGCUGGGCCUCACGCGCACGGCCUCUGAAGACUACGCCGCGCAGGGCCUGCGCAUCAACGCCAUCUGUCCCGGCUACAUCGAGACGCCCAUGACCACGCAGGACGCGCUCGUGCGCCAGGUCAUGGCCGAAAGGGUCGCCAACGCCGUCCCCAUGCAGCGCAUGGGCUCGCCCCAGGAGAUCGCAGACGGCGUCGUCUACCUUUCUGGUGGGAGGAGCUCGUUUGUCACCGGCACGGCGCUGUUUGUCGACGGUGGAUACACAGAGAGGUAG